UGGUUGGAGGGAGAUGAAAUCGGUUGCAGAACAUAUAUAUAUAUAUAUAUGCCUAAUUUGUUGGGUUCAAUAGGUUUUUGAAUUCUGCACUUAACAAUGGCGACUUCCAGAGAGCAUAUUGAGGAGAUUAGAAGAAAUAAAUUUUCCAUAGGUGGGGAAGAAAACCCCCUUACAGAAGAUCUCCAUCAUGCUGUUAAACAUCUCUCAGCAGAACUAUACACCAAGGAUGUACAUUUUCUAAUGGAACUCAUACAGAAUGCAGAAGACAAUGAGUAUGAACCUGAUGUUGAACCAUCACUGGAAUUUGUGGUAACGAGCAGAGAUGUGACUGGUGUGGGUGCCCCUGCUACCCUUUUGGUGUUUAACAAUGAGAAGGGCUUCACUCCCCGAAACAUUGAAUCCCUCUGCAGUGUUGGACGGUCCACAAAAAAGGGUAAAAGACAGGGAGGUUACAUUGGAGAGAAAGGAAUUGGAUUCAAGAGCGUUUUCUUGGUCACCAGUCAGCCUUAUAUUUUCAGCAAUGGAUACAAAAUUCGAUUCAAUGAAAUCCCUCCAUCUGAUUCUGGGGUCAAAAUUGGGUAUAUUGUUCCAGAAUGGAUCGACAAACCAAAUAUUGAAGAUCUCAAAAGGAUAUAUAGUAGUCAAUGCCAAGGUGAGCUUCCCAAUACUGCUAUAGUUCUCCCUUUACGCCCUGAGAAGGUGGAUGGUGUGGAGGAACAGCUUGCUAACAUUCAUCCAGAAGUCAUUUUGUUUAUGUCUAAAAUCAAAAGACUCUCCGUCCGUGAAGAUGGCCAAAAUCAAAAUCCCCGCGUGCAUGCAGUUUGUGUGUCCCAGGAAAUAGCAUUUCAGGAUGUGAAGAAAGAGGGAAGUGAAUCCUUUACUCUCCAUCUAUCGGCAGAGGAAAAUGGGAAAUCUAAUGCGGAAUGCAGUUAUUACAUGUGGAGGCAAAGAUUUCCAGUGAAAUCGAACAACAGGGUAGAGGAGAGAAGCGACAUUGACAAUUGGGUAAUAACACUUGCUUUUCCCCUUGAAGAUCGAGUUACCACAGGCAAUAGGGUAGGUGCUGGUGUUUAUGCCUUUCUUCCCACAGAAAUAGUCACCGACUUGCCCUUCAUAAUUCAAGCAGAUUUUUUGUUAGCAUCUUCGAGGGAAAGUAUUCUUUGGGAUAACAAGUGGAAUCAAGGGAUACUUGACUGCAUUCCCUCAGCAUUUUGUGAAGCUUUUCUCACUCUUGUGAAGAGUGUGAGAGGGGCUCCUCCCUCUGCGAGAUCCUUUUGCUUCAGAUAUCUCCCCAUUAAUACACCCUCUUAUCUGCAACUAAGACAAAUUCGAGAGGACAUCCAAGCCAAGCUCUGGACAGAAGAAGUCGUCCUAUGUGAACCUGAAAAUGCCUAUUGCAUGCCCAUUCAAGCUCGCAAGAUACUUCCAGCCUUUAGAAAAAUAUUAGAAAAAGCAACUGAAGAAGGCCUGGAAAAGCCAAUUGCUCUGUGGUCUACCGGAGUAUUCAUAAUACAUUCGUGCCUUGACGGAUCAAGUUGUCUGGAUUUCUUGCAAGUGCGCUAUGUGCCCGAUGAAUGGUACUUAACAUGUAUUCGCAGCACCCCUGGUUGGCUUGCAGAUCUAUCGGAGGAUUUAUAUGUGCAACUCCUUUGCUUCAUUGCUGAACAUUGGAACAGAGGAAUUCCAAGUUCUCUCCAACAAUUUCCUCUUUUUAAGUUUGACAAUGGCUCCAAUCGUGCGGGGUGGGCAAGUUUGUUGGAUAUAUCUUCUAAGAGAAGCAAAAUAUACAUCUCCUCGGAAGAAGGAGAUAUUGCAUGGUUGGUGAGGUGGAAUAAAGUGCUGGGAAGUGCUCCACGUUACAAAUUCAUGCCAAAUGCAACACAGAUGGCCAUGAAGAAUUUGAGCUAUUAUGAGCAGUCAAGAUUGCGGGAGUGGCUAGAUCGAUAUGCUAAGAUUACCUAUCUUUCUGUUUCAAGUUUUAGUAAACAGCUUUUGGAAGAUGUUAAGGCAUCGAGAAGUAAGGAAUUCAUAAUCCGUGUGGCGCAGUUUUUGCAUUUCUCUUCUGUCAAUGGUUACAUGGAUUCAAUACAGAUGCACAGUUUGUGCAAGGAAUUGCCCGUAGUUAGUGAUUUGGGAUCCAUAGUAAGUAGUUGCAAAGCCAAACUUGUGCCUGCAUCUAUGGGCAAGUGGCAUAAGCUAACAGGAGGCAAUCCAUGGGCUGCAGAAGGGAUUGUUGCACUGUCACCUGCUUACAUGAAAGCAAAUGCCAGUGGACUGAGGGGGGAAAGGGAAGAGGAUCUUGAGUUGUUUAUGAGAAAUGGGCUUGGAGCAGUGGACGUUCCCAAGCUAAAACCCCCUAAUGCUCCAUUGCCUGCACUCUCCUCUCCCAUCAGCGAAGAUCAAGUUGUUCUGCUUUUAUAG